AUGGACAUGAGCAUGGGCGGAAUGCACAUGGACCACCACGCAGGAAUAGGCUCCGAAAUCAACCACGCAUUCUCUCGUGAUUACUGGUACAUUAUCGCCGGCGUCGUCGGCCUGCUCGCCGCCAUCCGCGCCGUCAACGCCUACGCCGCCCACGUCCGAAUCUCCUCGUGUCGUAACGCCGCCAUCCAGCAUCCCACCCGUCCCGAUGGCCGCCUCUCCCAGGCCUGGGCCACGGCCACGGCCGUCGUCCGCGAAAUCAGCCAUCCGCAGUACUACCUCCGCGUCCGCGCCCUCCGCUGGGCCACUCCCCUCCCGCUCGGCCGCAUCCUCGUCCUGCUCUGCUACUGGGCCGUCGUCAUCUACCUCAUGUCGUGGCGCGUCGUCGCCAACGACGCCACCUACUGGGAGCGCAUCGGCUUCCGCAACGCCUGGGUCUCCGUCUGCCAGCUGCCCAUGCUCUAUCUCCUCGCCAUGAAGUACAACCCGCUCGGCUUCCUCGUCGGCUCGAGCCACGAGCGUCUCAACUGGCUGCACCGCUGGGUCGCCCGCACCAUGCUCAUCACGGCCACCUGCCACGGCUUCCACUUUUGGACCGAGUGGGUGCGCGCCGACUUUGUCCAGUACGAGCUGGAAAUCAUGCCCAUGGUCAAGUACGGCCUCGGCGCCUGGGCCGUCCUGCUGUGGUCUGUUGUCGUCGGCUUCGUCCCCAUCCGGCGCGCCGCCUACGAGCUCUGGCUGCUGCAGCACAUUGCCUCGGCCGUCGUCAUGCUGUGGCUCAUCUACAAGCACAUUCCCGCCAAUGCGCGCCAUUUCCUCUGGAUGGCCAUUUCCUUUCUCGCCGUUGACCGACUCGCGCGCUGGGCCAACCUGCUCUGGCAAAACGUGCAGCUCCGUCGCGGCAAGUCUUCCUGCGAGGGCCGUAGCCGCAUCGGCCACCGCGUCGUCGCCCGCGCCGUUAGCGACACCACCACCGUCCUCACCAUCAAAGACGUCCACUUCAAAUGGUCCGCCGGCCAGCACAUCUACCUCUGGGUCCCGCGUCUCGGUCCGCUCGAAGCCCAUCCCUACACCAUUGCCUGCGCGCACACAUUGCCCGGCACCUGCUGCUGCAACAGCAUCCAGCUCAUCGUCCGCGCCCACACCGGCUUCUCCCGCCGCAUCAACAAGUACGCCGCCGAGAACCCCUCCGCCGAGCUCACCGGCCUCGUCUCCGGCCCGUACGGCGCCCCCGUCAACUGGGACGCCUUUGAGCGGCUGGUGCUCAUCGGCGCCUCCACCGGCGCCAGCUUCGUCGUGCCCGUCCUCGAAGCCGUCGCUGCCAAAUCUCGGCAAAACACGUGCGUCCGCCGCAUCGACCUCGCCAUUGUCGCAAAGUCGCCCGCCGAGACGCAGUACUACAUUGCGCGCGCCAAAGACGCCGCCCACGCCGCCCACACCCACGGCAUCGACGUCCAUCUUCACCUCGCCAUCACUGGCGGCCACCAGCCCGCCGACGGGAAAGCGGGCGGCAGCCUGCUGCGCGGCGGUGAGUCGCGUGCUAGCUCCGACGUGGAUGCCGACGAAAAGAGGGCCGCCGUGCACCAAGACCACGGGGCUGCCCUGGAACGCGGGAGCGGCUCCGACCUCGACGCCGACGAAAAGAGGUUAGCCGUGCACCAAGACGAAGACGACGCCACAGACCGCGGGAGCGGCUCCGACAGCGGCGAUUCGCGGCAAGCUGUGCACGUGGUGAGAGAGUACGCGGCCCGGCCCGACAUUGAGGCGCUCAUCAGAGAGCCCGUCGAGGAGGCCUGGGGCGAGACGGCCGUGGUUGUCUGCGGCGGCAAGGAGAUUGUGGCCAGGACGCGCAACUGCGUCGCUGCGCUGAGCGACGAGCGCGCUGUGCAUAAAGGGACGGGUGCGCAGGGGAUAUACCUGCACGUGGAGGAGUAUGCAUUUUGA